AUGGGAGGAAUGAGAGAGAUCACGAGAUCCUACUACGAGAGAGCAAGCGAGGCCGAGAAGGAAAAGAUCAAACUAACCUUCGCAAAAUUCGACAUCAACGGCGACGGGAAGAUAACCAUUGCGGAGCUCAAAAGCCUGAUGAGAAUCCCGGAAGACGUGUUCCAUAAACUAGAUGUGAAUGGCGACGGGUGCCUCGAUUUCGACGAGUUUCUGUGCCUUCACUACAUCAGUGCUAGUAAGAUGCCGUUAGUCUAUUGCGACGGCUGCUCUCAGUUUAUGGAGGGCCCUUACUUCUCUUGCUUGCUUUGCCUCGGAAGAGGCGCUAAUACGUACGACCUCUGCUGUUCUUGCUACCGCCGGUGUGCCGAGUCGUCGCAUGAGCACUCGGUCGAGCACAUGGUGGAUCAUCUCUCUCUGCUCAAGCUCUUCAGGGAAGAAAAAGCUCAAAACAAGGUACCAAACAAAAACUAA